CUUCCCAGGUGAAGCAGCCACCGCUUGCAGGUCCGGUUCCCUGGCUUUCCCCCUUCUUCCGGCCCCUUCCUUCUGCCUUUUGCAGAGGGCCAUGGAGAGCCCCCCAGGGCUGGAAGGAGAGCGCCUCGGCCAGCCAUAGCCCCAUAGGACCCCCCUAGAUUGGGGCCAAGCCAGGGGUUCCCAGACUUUUUCUGAAGGCCUCCUGGCCUGGAAAGGCAGGAUUUCUGAAGGGACGGUGUGGCAGGAUUGAUGAUUAACCUCUUCUGAAAUGGCUGAAAAGGACGGAGGCCUUAAAGCAUGCCAUUGGACUCCACUUAAAGUAGUGGCUGUGAUUGCCACUGGCUUUCUGUUCCUGGCUGGAAUUGGAGCUGGAAUCUGGGCUGCAGUGGUUACUUUGCUGGGAAGCGAAAAAGAAAGCCUAUAUGGUGUUCAAGUGAGCCCUGGAGAUCUGCGCCUCACCGUCUAUGAUGAGAAUGAAGGGAAAUGGAGGCUCCUUUGCUCUUCCUCGCACAAUGCCCAGGUGGCAUCCCUAAGUUGUGAAGAGAUGGGAUUUGUCAGGUCCCUCUCUCAUUCAGUGCUGGCUGCUGACAGCGCAGGGGCCAAUGGGACAUCCGGUUACUUCUGUGUGGAUGGGUCUCGAUUGCCUUAUGCACGAAUGCUCAGUGAGGCCCUUGUUGUUUGUGAGUGUCCAACAGGCCGCUUCCUGGCCACACUCUGUCAAGAUUGUGGACGGCGAAAAUUGUCUAUGGACAGGAUUGUGGGAGGCCAAGAUGCCAGCUUGGGGAAAUGGCCAUGGCAAGUCAGUCUCCGCUACGAUGGGACGCAUCUUUGUGGUGGCUCUGUCAUCUCUUCCGAAUGGGUUAUCACAGCAGCGCACUGCUUUCCAGAGAGGAAUCGAGUGGUGAGCCGGUGGCGGGUCUUUGUGGGCGCUGUUUCCCAGUCCUCUGCUAAGGGGCUGCAGGUGGGUGUGACGAGCAUUGUGUACCACGGUGGCUACCACCCCUUCCAGGAUCCCAACAGUGAGGAAAACAGCAACGACAUUGCCCUGAUGCACUUGGCGGCACCCCUUUCCUUCAAUGAAUUUAUCCAGCCUGUUUGCCUUCCAGCACUGGGACAACCUCUGGUCGAUGGUAAGAGCUGUACUGUUACUGGCUGGGGCAACACACAGUAUUAUGGCCAACAGUCGGAUGUGCUGCAAGAGGCCAGUGUGCCCAUCAUUAGUAGCAGUGUCUGCAACAGUCCUGAGUACUACAACAAUCAGAUCAGGCCACGGAUGUUCUGUGCUGGCUUUGCUGCUGGGGGCACAGAUGCCUGCCAGGGUGACAGUGGCGGACCUUUUGUGUGUGAAGAUAGCAUCUCCCAAAGUUCACGUUGGCGGCUCUGUGGCAUUGUGAGCUGGGGUACAGGAUGUGCCCUGCCCAAUAAGCCCGGUGUUUACACCAAGGUCAAUGACUUCCAAGGCUGGAUCAUCCAUGCCAUGAAGUCUCACUCCCACUCCAGCGGGAUGGUGAUCCAGUACUGAAGCCACAGAAAGUGUGACAAUGAGCCACGGCUGCUCCAGCCUCCUUCCCUUUCAGUGAGAUGUUGCUGCUUUAAAAAGAAAAAAAAAAGCCAAACCAGAGAAAACAACAUUUGCAAGGGAACAAACACAGGCACCUGUUGGACUGUACUUUGGACUGGCUCAGUGUUACAGAAAUGAACCAAGGGAGUCCUUGCCAACUGGCAGUCAUCGUGCUUUGCCAGCCUUUGCAGUAUCUCUCACUCUACUGAUAAGAAACUUCUGCUGCUGUAUUUUUGUCUCAUGAAUGGUGCUUCUCGUCCUUUAACUGCUCAACUAUGAAUGAAUUUCCACCCUGCAUCUCAGGACACUUUGGGCUGGUUAAUAUGAGGCUGUUUUGGAUGCAAAGAUUGGCCUAGCUCACUCUCAGAUUGCAUGACAAGUGCACUUGGAAUUAAGGUUCUGAAAAAUAUGGUUUAUAAAAAUAUGGCAUUGCAGUUCCCUUUUUGAAAGUGAAGACACAGAUUGGAAGCUGGGUUGUUGUAGGUUUUUCGGGCUUUAUGGCCAUGUUCUAGAAGCAUUCUCUCCUGACGUUUUGCUUGCAUCUAUGGCACGCAUCCUCAGAUUAGAUUAAUGCAUACAUCCCCAGAAAAUCUUGACAGUCCUUCUGAGAAAAGAAGGAAACCCUCACAAAAGUGAUUCUCAUCACCCAAAGAUUUGUUUUCAGGGUUUAUGACUACUGGGUCUCAUUUUCCAAAUAUCUGUAGAUUUCUUUUCGUAUCAGGAGUGACUUGAGAAACUGUGAGAGAAUUGGCCGCCUGCAAGGGUGUUGCUCAGGGGAUCCCCGGAUGUUUUGAUGUUUUACCAUCCUAGUGGGAGGCUUCUCUCAUGUCACCACACAGGGAGCUGGAGAUGACAGAGGGAGCUCAUCCACGCUCUUCCCAGAUUCGAACCUUUGACCUGUUGGUUUUCAGUCCUGCUGGCACAAGGGUUUAAUCCAUUGCGCUACCAAGGGCUCUAUCUGUAGAUGAUUGGCUGUAAGAAGAUAAUUGGCACUAACCUAAGGGAGGCUGCUGAAGUGGCCUCUCCAUCCUUUUUUCUCUGCACCCUUUUUUGUGUAGGUGUUUUUAAAAAAAGAGGUAGAGACAGAGAAUAGAAUAAGGUAUUUCAUAUCAUGAGUAAUGGCCUAAAGGAAGAGAUUCACAAUCUGGAGAGGAUAACAGUUGGAAAAGGAAAUCAUGAAGUAUGUUAAGGAUGCUUGUUAGGAAAUAGAUCUAGAACACCAUGUGAUGGAACUGUUUGAGCCUACAGUGACAAAUAAAAGUGGAUCCUGUUGGAACUAAUGUUGGAUCCAUGCUCCAAAGUGUUCCGCUUUUGAUUCUGGUGGGUCGAAAGGCAAUGGUCAGGGGAGAUUAUUCCUAUAGAUACAUUUCCAGAGCUUGGAAACACCACAUUUGGGGGGUAGAAUUCCAAAAAUCCUCUUGCCAUCCCAACUAGCUUCUUGGUCAUGGCCAUACAACUCGGAAAACUAACAGCAACCCAGUGAUUCCGGCCAUGAAAGCCUCCGAUUACACACCCAAUUAUCGUUAGGAUCUUGUUUUCCUCUGAAUAGGCAAAAUGCAGCAGAAGGAGAUGUGAUAAGUUAUUUACAUCUACUUGUUUAAUCUUAUCUCUAGGAUAGCUACUACGAGGGUUGAAUAAAUAGUAAUGCCUCCACUUUAGUAACUCCUCAACAGAUGGUAGUACCGGUAUGCGGCAGGUACUGGCUUGUACAGUAGACUCUCCUCUACAGUUCCAUUUUGGUGGGAAGCCUUCGCAUUGAACGGUUAUGUUGUUAAAAUGCAAAGUAUGGAACCCUGCGCAGACGGUUGGUCCAUGCGACUUAAGCAACGUGCAGUAAUUUAAUUCUUGACAGCAGUAGGUGUCACCCCAAAUUUCAAGCAUAAUAGGCAUUUCACAAGAACGUGUGGGUCACAUUAAUGCUUUGCUUGGCUAUCGGAAGAUCUGUGCAUGAUGGGUACCCAGAAUGCUGACGCCUGAAAUGAAAACGCAGACUUCUUCCAUGACGGCUUCAGAAAACUUGUUCAUUGUUGGCAGGAAUGUAUCCAAUUGUUUGGUGAUUAUGUGGAAAAGUAAAUAGUGGUAGUUAAAGAGCACAUCCUAAGGGUUAUUUCUGCAUUUGAUUUAUUAAAAUAUUCCCAUCCAAAUCCAAGUAACGAAGGUGGAGGCAUUACUUUUCAUUCAACCAUAGUAUUUUAAGUUCAUUGGGUGGGGAUUAUUUUGAAUCUUUUAGUGUUUCAAUGGAGCCUUCAGGAGUUUUGCUUGUGUGCUGCUAUGACUUGUGCGUUCAGGAGCUGUUGUUUGUGUGUUGUCUUCAAGUCUGAAAAAGGGAGCAACAACUCAGAUCAAAUCGUCAGAUGCCCCAAUCUAAGAUGGGGAUGGGGAGUAAUAAUACACUUUAUUUAUACUCCCCCCUUCUCCCCUAGGGGACUCAGCGCAGAUUACAGCGUUUCUGCUCUCAGCGUUUACAUACAAAGACAAACAUUCAAUGUCUGUACAAUCAUAUACAAUGAGACGCACAAACACAAACAAAGGCAGAGGCUUCUCCUUUCAUUUCUAGCUUCUGGAGGUGCCAACCUGAACUUGGCUGAACUCCUGACCUGAAGGUUUGCAAUUCAUACCUGUGAGAUGGGGUGAGCUCCCAACUGUCAGCUCCAGUUCCUGCCAACCUAGCAGUCCAAAAACAUGCAAAUAUGAGUAGAUAAAUAUGUACUGUUGUUGAAGGAUUUCAUGGCUCGAAUCACUGGGUUGCUGUAAGUUUUUUGGACCGUAUGGACAUGUUCCAGGAGCAUUCUCUCCUGAUGUUUCACCUGCAUCUAUAGCAGGCAUCCUCAGAGGUUAUGAGGUCUGUUGGAAACUAGGAAAAUGGGGUUUAUAUAUCUGUGGAAUGUGCAGAGUGGGAGAAAGAACUCUUGUCUGUUGGAGGUAGGUGUGAAUAUGUAUUGUCAAAAGCUUUCAUGGCUGGAAUCACUGGGUCAGUGGUUCUCAACCUGUGGGUCCCCAGAUGUUUUGGACUUCAAAUCCCAGAAAUCCUAACAGCUGGUAAACACCUGGGGACCCACAGGUUGAGAACCACUGCACUGGGUUGUUAUAGGUUUUUCGGGCUAUAUGGCCAUGUUCUAGACCAGUGGUUCUCAACCUGUGGGUCCCCAGAUGUUUUUGGCCUACAACUCCCAGAAAUCCUAGCCAGUUUACCAGCUGUUAGGAUUUCUGGGAGUUGAAGGCCAAAAACAUUUGGGGACCCUAGGUUGAGAACCACUGUUCUAGAAGCAUUAUCUCCUGACGUUUUGCCUGCAUCUGUGGCAAGCAUCCUCACAAAAGCUACAACAACAUAGGUGUGAAUGUUUCAAUUGGUCACCUUGAUUAGCAUUUAAUGACCCAGCAGUUUUUAAGGUGUGACUUCAUACUGCCUGGGGACAUCCUUUGUUGAGAGGUGAUUAGGUGUCCCUGAUUAUUUCUUGUCUGGAGCUCCCCUGUUUUUAUUUACUGUUUUGAUUUUAGAUUUUUUUAAAUACCGAAUCUAAUCCCCAUUUAAAUUUUUCAUUAUGCCUCAGGGUAUAUUGAGGUGCCAUCGGAAUUUUACAAGGCAGUUCCUCCAUCCGUGAAGCACCAUUCAGAGUGAAAUGGUACACUGGAAAUAUAUAUGAAGAAAAGGCAGAUAUAAGUAGAUGUUUUUGCAAAUCCCAACCACAUGAACAACCAUUUAGAUUGUCCUAAAGCAUAUUUAUGUACACUUGCACAAACUUUUCCACCUAUUGAUUUCCUGAAAAAGUCAUGUGUUCUUGGCUGGGCUAAUCAGAUAUGUUUGAUGUUUGCUGACCAAACAUACUAAAUGUUCCUUUCCCCCCAGAUAUGGCAGAGGUCAAUAUCUACCUGGGGCUAGGAAGCACCCCAGAACAUUCCUUUUAUUAUGUCAUUUUGUUGUGUAAAUAGAUUACUGUAUUGGCUCUCUGCUGUCUUAUGUGACCAUGGAUCAGUGCACUCAGAUUGUAUAUAUUUGCAUAAUUUUGAUGAUUUCAAUAAAUUAAACUUGUUUUGAUUAUA